AUGCUCUACUUAAACAAACGCUCUCCUUCCGAGGAGUUGGCCUCUGUUCACAACCCAAACUCUCCCAGUGGUACCUCUACUUGGCACGAUCACAAGAUGACCGAGGUAGUCGCAUACCCUCAACCACAACACCUCUACCACUUCGGUGGCUCAUCACAUCGUUUGCUUGCCCCUGCCCCUGAGCAAAAGUCCCCUUACUUCUCUCCGGAUCUAUAUCGCGAGAUGCCUGUCUACCCCGUGGGCUACCAGACCAGCUCUCAUCUGCCCAGGUCUCCCCCAGAGGCUCGCUCGGCUUCGGUCUCGAGUAUAUCCUCUCCGGCCUCCCACGGCACACCUAACAUGUCUUCCUCCCGCACCAUGUCACCAGUCACGGACUCCAACUCUGACUCCAUGGCAAGCCCCCCGGUCUUGACCAGGACAUAUAACCCGCCGUCGUCCUACCACCACACACACCACACCUCUCAGGCGCUACCUUCGUCGUUAAUCCCCGCCCCAUCGCAUUACUUGCAUGCUCAGGUCGCCCCUCCGCCACCAAUGUCUCUCUAUCCUUCGAUGCCGGCCCCGUCACAACGAGCAACGACGUACCCACCAUCAUCCUCAUAUGGUUACCACCAACACAUGGGCCACCCUUACCCAUCUCAGCAGCCAAUGCACAACUACCAGUUACCGAUGCACAACUAUCAACCAGUGUACACCUACACCAGCGCCCAGGCCUAUCCCAGCCAUUCAGCAGGCACAAUAUUACCCUCCAUGCCGUUCACUCCCACGCCAGGGUCCUCGGUCAUGUCCCUCCCGCAUACGCAACGUCAGGGGAAGGCUCCCAUUGAGCGCUUGCUGAAGGAUAGAAACGACAUCGUGAUGAUGAUCCAGUCACACCUGGACUAUUUCGACGUUCUCAAGGCUCAGAUGGCGAGCAGGUUCUUCAGGGACCACUUUGACCCCUCCAAGUGCCCCGAAGAAGACAAGAUCCGGUGCGUCAUGUUCGCCGAGAUCAACUUCAAGCGGUUCUGGCCCAACAACACCUCUUCCGGUGGCCGGGGCGGCGACAAGGAUGACGGCAAGCACCCCGGCUCCUUUGGGUGCUACCACUGCUUCAAGGUCAAGAACCCGGAAAACUUUGAGCUGUUCAGGUGGAAGAACGAUUUGGAGGAUGCCCCUGAUAGCAACAACAGCAACAACAACAAUAACUCCAACAACAAGGAGCAAAAGAGCCAAAGAGGCUCCAUCUCCUCCUCCUCCGCCUCCUCAAAACAACAACACCAAGCACCAACAAUAAACAUCACCCAAGCCUCCGCCCAACAAACCCCACCUCUAUCCCCCUCCACAUCCUCCCACACCUCCACCUCCUCAUUUUCUCUCACCUCAAACCCCCACCACGACCCCUCAGUAACGCGCUCCUCCCUCGCCGCCGCCGCCGCCGCCUCCACCAAAAACACUGGCGCCCGCCGCGGCGGUUCCGGCGGCCAUUCCUCCUCCGGCACUUAUUCUUCCUCGGACCAAUCCCCCCGCAUCCACGAAACCUGGGGCAUUAGGAGGUUCUGCAUCGACUGCGGCAUCGCCAAGAAGUUUUAUAGACCGGGCGUGCUGAUCGAGCUCCACAAGGAGAAGAACGCGGUGUGGGUGUGCGAUUGCUGGGUCACGCAUAAGCGGCCGCAGGAGCUGGAUUGUAAGGUAAUCGACUUGUCAAACUUCAGUGAAAAGACUCACUCGAGUCGCCAGGAUUUACUUCCAGUGAGAGGUGCUAUGGCACUGAAGAGCGGUGUCUCCGGCUCUGUGGCUUGA